AUGAAUCAAAAACCUCCAAAUCUCCAAGACAAAACGAAAGAAACCACAGGAAGAAGCAAGGACAUCAACGGAAAACGUUUUGCAGCCUACUCAUCCUCCGGGACACCACAGAAUGUCUCCCCUACCUUACCGAAUCCAUACUUACAUAAGGGAAUGCACUUGCCUUUUCCUUCUUCGUGCCGCUGUCGGGAGCCCUCGCCCAAUCGAUAUCGUGCCAGCGGUAAGUGGUCGAAGGUCUCUGCAACCGGUCGUGAUAUCCUCGGAGAGAUCGUCGGCGUGGAGCCGACGCCUGGCCGUAACGAUGGAGAGCUCGGGUCGAAGGCGGCGGAGACGGGGAGGAAGAAGAGGAGCGAUGUGGCACAGGAUUUUGGGACGGCGGAGGAGAGGAUCUCUGUCUCGGAGAGGCUCCGACCUCUCGACGCAAAGGAGGGAUCACUGUUCAUCUUCAAAAGGUGGCGGUGGGGGGCUUGUUUUGAGGGGAGCGCCGCCACCGAGCACAAGGGAGAAGGAGCGUUUUUCUCUCCGCCGCCAAGCAUAGGAGGAGGUCUGGCCGCUUCUCCUCUCCUCCUCUCCUCUCGCCUGCAGAGAUCUUCGGUCGCCGCUUCCCAUCUCACGCACAACCUCCACGCGACGUCGCCUCCGCCGCUAGCGGGCCUCCUGUCACCAUCUCCACACGCUACAGCCACUUCCGGCGGACGCCGUAGUCAACAGGCGCCGCCGACUUCGCGUCCAGCAGGCGCAGCCGCCUCUGGCGGGUGCCAAGGCUUCCUCCAGAGGCUUCCAGCACCUCCCGCUAUCGCGUCCGACGGGUGUAGCCGCCCCCGGCGAGCGCCAAGGCUUCCUCCAACGGCUGUUGGUGCUCCUCCAACGGCUGCCGGUGCUCCCCGCUGCUACUACCGCCUCCAGCGGCUGCGGAUACUACCACCGACACCUCCAGCAGCCGCCGACAUCGCCCUCCAGAGGCUGCCGCCACCGGCAUCUCCCGCUACAGCUACUGCCGUAGCCGCCUCCGGCGUCCACUGCCACAGCCGCCGACAACUCCUGGCAGCAGUCGUCACACUCCGAGCAUCCGCCGUCUGA